AUGCCAACAAAUGUUGAAUUGCAUCCAGAUCUAGUGAUACUGCUGAAAGGACUACUCCAAAAGGAAGCAAAAAAGCGAUUUAAGAUUGAGUGUGUGAAACACAACCCAUGGCAUGCAAGGCCUCGAGCGAAAUUUUUCCGCGCAGCGCAAAUUGCAAAACGUGGGUCUGUUCAACGUCCGUUGACUGUUUAUCAAGCUCUUGAGGAACGAUUUGGAGGGAUUCCGUCCGAUCGGAUUGUGACAGAGAACGAUCUUGAUGGUGCGUUCACAUACACAUAUUCCAAAUGUAGUGCAGAAAGAGGAUAA